AUGCAGGAGUUUGAAAAAAACCCCAAUUGGAAAGUGGUUGGUGUUCAACAUCAUGUGAAGCAAGCACUUGAAAUUGACAUAAGUUACAGUCAAGUGUAUAGGGCAAAAAGGAAAGCUAUUGACUUGAUUACUGGGGAUGAACAGCUGCAAUAUGGGAAACUUAGGGAUUAUGCAGAGAUGAUAAGAUUGAAUGAUAAAGGAAGUAGGGUUAUUUUGCAAACUGAAAUGGAAGAUGAAAAUGCACAGCCCAAAUUUAAGAAAAUAUAUAUUAGGUAUAAUGCACAAAAACUUGGGUUUUUGGGAGGUUGUAGACCAAUCAUUGGUUUAGAUGGGUGCCACUUGAAAGGGAGAUUUAGAGGGCAAAUACUUUCUACCAUAGCUAGAGAUGCAAAUGAUAAUAUUUUCCCAGUUGCAUUUGCUGUUGUUAAGCAAGAAAACAAAGAUUCAUGGGUAUGGUUUCUGCAGCAGUUUUCAGAUGACAUUAGGGAUCCAGAGCAACUUAAUCUAGUCUUCAUCAGUGAUAGACAAAAGGACAAAUUAGAGAAGUUAAAACAUGAAUCUAUACCUUUCAGUGCUACUCCAGCAGGCAGCUUCAUGUAUAACGUUGAUAAUGGUCAUGAGAGACAUGUGGUUGACUUGGCUAAGAAAGCAUGUAGCUGUAGGAUUUGGGAUUUGACAGGACUUCCUUGCAAACAUGGGAUCUCUGCUAUUGUUAAGAACCUGGAGAAAGUGGAGGACUAUUCUGAGUGGGUUAAGACUAACCAACCUGCUCCUGUUACUCCUCAUGUGUAUAAACCACUUGGCAGACCACCAAAGCAAAGAAAAAGAGAUCCUGAAGAGCCAAGGAACCCUUAUAGAGUUUCGAGGAUGAACAAGACAAUCAAGUGUAAAAAGUGCAAGAAAGAAGGACAUAAUGCAAGAGGGUGCAAGGCAGGCAUCACUGGUGAAACUCCAUGGCAGAGAAGAGAUAGACUUGCUAAAUCAGCAGCUCCAAGUGCAUCUGUGAGCACUAGUCAAGGAAGUGGUGAUGGUGCUGCUAGGGGAUUUAAAGGCAAAAAGUUUCAACCAGUUGGUAGAAAGGGCAAGAAUGCAGCUGGCAAGGGUACCUAA